AACAUAACGUUGGUAUGAAGAUUGUCCAAUUGUUAUUUUUUGCAGCCAAUUUUCCAAGGUCCUGCAGGCCAAAUGUACAUCUUCGUGUAAAGCUCGGAAGCGCAAAGAACGGCAAGAGACUCUUGUGGAACAUGAUAGCAAAUUCUCCAGAUCAAGCAGUGAGACUUGGGAUGACUCUGCCUGCGACUUUACCGAUUCCUUCGACGAUCCCAAAGCUCCGUAGACCUCGACUACGAUGGUCCCUGCUGCGUUCCAUCUCCCGAAAUCCAGGGUGACGAGGGCAAGAACCCUCGGAAUCGAUUCUUCAUCGAUGAAGCCAAUGAGACCUCGUCGGGCUCUUCAAACUCCACCUUAACGAGCUCCACGAUCUUGGGAGGCGAUGCUGACGAAGCCUCUCAAUCGAGUCUCGACCAAGACAAGAAGAAACACCAUUCCAACUCGGUCCCAAACGCUGAGAAUGUGGAUCCAAUCAAACAAGGGACGGAAAAGACUGUCCCACCCACACCCACAUCAGAACCUGAGCCGUCUCCGAAGAUUCAGGACACCGCCCACUCCCACUUCCUUCAAAUUCAAUGGAUGGGGCCUACACGCCGAAGUGGGGCCAAUUGUCGAUCAAAACCAAGAGAUUAGACCAUUAUCUUGGUUGCCUCCUGGCCACGAGAAUUAUGGGUCUCGUCCAUCUGGCUCCUUGGAGGACGACCAAAUGUACUCGAGUCGAGCAAUGGGCAUUCUCCGUUACCUGGAUCCCACUCCAAUGGUUACACAACGCCGAAGUUCCGACCCUGAGGCGUCCAAAAAGACCAAGUUAAAGCACUUGAAGAAGCAGCUUAGCAGUGUCAGGAGGAAGUUGGAGAAUCUUCAGAUCAGUUUUGAGGAAUCUCAGGGGUAUAAACCGUCUCAGGCUGACAAACAGGGUGAACGGAACAUGAGAAGGCUUCUUCUGGAGCAAUCCCAAUUGCAAAGACAAAUCAGAGGCUACAGAGACUGUGAUUUCUUGGAGGACUUGGAUGAGGGCAGCAACGACUCGGACAAGUUGGUGGGUCUGGAUCUGGAAGUGGAGAGCCCCGGUGAUGACACAAACAGCACCGAUGGGAGCAGCGGGGAAUCGGUGCAGAACAAUAACAACGACAACAAUAACUCCCAUAAGAGCAAGGAUCUGGAGGCCAUGCGGAGCACGUUGGACGAGAUAGAAGAGUGCUUGAACUACCAGAGGACCAAUAAAGGUCGUUGUGUGACGCUCGACGAGAUGACCGUGGAACAGCUUCACGACGAAAAAGUGGACCUCCACAACGCCAUCCGUCAAUUCGAGAGUGCCUACGGAGCUCCCAUGGAUGAGGAUGAGAAGCUGGUAGUCAAGUCACUCUACGACCGCUACCGUACCGUCAAGCGACUCGUGCGGCGAUCCAGAGCCUCCAGAGCCAAGGACACCACCGAAUUGGAGACCAUCCCAGAGGGCGAAGCACUGGCACUCACCCUGGCAUCGCCCCCGCAUCGAAUCCACCUAGAGUUCAACGGCUCAACCUCAACGACCUCACCUUCCGGCGGUCUGGGGAAGAAGCGCUAUGUCGAAGAUGGGCUUCCCGUAAGCAAGAAAAAUACUCCGGCCGAACCCGAGGCCAAACAGCCGCCCACUUCAGAGUCAAGUGGGGACGACUACAGCAACGACUCGGAAGGCCCCGAGAGUAAGGCCGAAGAGGAAAACCAUUCGAUUUGCUGCAGAUCUUCCGGAAGACGCGUGAGGAGAAGAAACAGCUCCGGAGAUUGAUCAAGGAGAAGGAGGAGGAGUUCCAGAAGAAAACCGGUCGCCGACUUCUCCGGGAAGAUCGCGACAAAUCCGAGACCGCGUACAAGCAAUACAAGGUGACCAAGGCCAAGGUCAAAUUGAUCGAGGCCUUGCUCGCCAAGCGGGCCCACGAGCCCAUGUUCUGAGCGCGACCUCGUGGCGUUAUAGUACUAACUAAAACCUGUGCAAAGCUUUAUUGCUGGUGCCAAAUUGGAUAAAUCAGUUAGGUGUGUGUGGAACCAAACGAACGUGCAAUUCUCCAUGAGACUCACUGCAAAAAAGAGAGGAAAGAAUUUUGAAGAACGUGCCAAAAAUAUAUUCCUAGAUUACCACUCCCCCCAACCCAAAUACCCACCCACAAUGAAUAGAUUUGAAGAUCCUGUCUACUUACACUACGUACCACUAUUACUUGUAUAUGUACAUGAAACACAUGAUUAUUUUCACAGUACCUCAUCCGCAAAUCUGUCAUGUUGCAUUCGAAUUUUCACCCACGAAAUUAUUCAUUCGUCCAAAUUAUUCAUUCAGAACAUAGAGAGAGAGUAUCAUUAUUUACCAUUUAGUUUUUGCUCUUUUCCAAUUGAAACGAGUACUUUGUGUCCAUCUUAUUAUCUGUCAUGAUUGGAAAGGUCCUUUCAUUUUGCUUCUUGGGUGAAGUCAUAAUUGUUUUCCUGCGCAUAUGAAGUCUUCAUACCUUAUGAGAAAAAAAAAGAAUUGAAACCCAUUCUAUUUUUUGAUGGUGUCCAAAAAUAAAAGUAAAAAUUUCCACCCUGGA